CCGUCACAGAGCGGUUAUACAAUCUGUGCCCUGACUUGAGCCUGCCAGAACUAAAACCUUACCAUGUUCUGCCUUCAAGGGCUGCUUCACAACAAGCUGCCAGAAUGAUGAAAACCGAAUUCCCGGGAAGAAAAACGAAGGACUUCAAUCUCCGGCAAAUAAAUCAUGUGUGAGAGGAAGCCACGGUGAGAAAAUGGCUUCUCGCGAGUCAAAGACUGACACGAAGAUAAAUGUUACUCGGGCAGCUGAGGAGUCCAGUCCAGUGGAUGAUUAUUCCACACCUGGGGGCUAUGAGUUGGAGAAAAUCCUCAACCGAGGGAGUGUGGCUUACACUCAUGUCAACGAGGUUUGGCCUAAUGUCUUUAUUGGGGAUGAGGACACUGCAAAGGACAAGUACACGCUGAAGAGGCUGGGAAUUACGCACAUCCUGAAUGCAGCAGAGGGGACGUGGAACAAUGUGGACACCGGAGCUGGCUACUACAGUGACAUGGACAUUGUAUACUAUGGUGUAGUAGCAGAAGAUGUCGCAACCUUUGACCUCAGCCAGUAUUUUUUCUCUGCUGCCCAGUUUAUUGAGAAGACACUGAGCAAUCCUCAGAAUAAACUGCUGGUGCACUGCGUGAUGGGAAGGAGUCGGUCCGCCACACUUUUCCUCGCCUAUCUCAUGAUCUGUGAGAACAUGACGGUGGUCGAUGCCAUAGAGCACGUAAAGAAACGCAGGCGUAUCAUCCCUAACUGGGGCUUUUUGAAGCAGCUGCGAGAGCUGGACCAGCACCUCUUGGAGAAAAGGGGGGAAUCUGCAGGGGAAAGCUGAUUGUGUGGCUGAUUAGUCUGAGACUAAAGUCAGUGGAGACUAAGUCAAAUCCCAGCUAUUAAGACUUGUCCAAGUCACGCUACGAGUUACAGCCAUGUGAAAAAAUAGUCCUAUUAAAACUAAAUACAGCUUUACUGCUUUCACAGGAAUAAAAGUAAAGUAAUAAAAACAGAAGUUUUGGCAGUUUGUUGGUCUGGAGCAUUCAGCUGUGUGUUAACACAAUGCCAAGGAGGAACGACAUCAGCAACUGUUGCUGCCCAUCAAUCUCAGACCGGUUAUGAGGCCUUUUUCCAUGCAACUUAAGAGUCCAUCAUUCUACAGUGAGAAGGAUUAUUCACAACAUCUUCCUGGGAGCUGAUGUCCUGGUAAAUUCACAGAGAAGUCAGAGAAAUUGCAAACAAAAACCUCCAAGAGCUACAUCUCAGACUCUGCAGGAAUCCAUUAGCAUGUUAAAUGUCAAAGGUCAUGACAGUUUAGUUAGAAAAAGACUAAAACUUUCUAAAAACACUUCUGGAGCAGACAAAAGCAACGUGGGGAUGUUUGGUCAUAAUGCACAGAAACGUAUUUGGAGAAACCCAAACACAGCAUAUCAGCACAAAUACCUCAUGCUAAAUGUGAAGCACGGCGGUGGAGGGGUCAUGAUUUGGGCUGUUUCUGUAGCCACAGGACCGGGACACCUUGCAACAAUUGAUUCAACUAUGUAUGAACUGUGUAUAUCAAAAUGUUCUCAAGUCAAAUAUGAGGCCAUCAGUUCAGUCGCUAAAGCUUGGCCCAAAAUGUAUCAUGCAAUAGGACAAUGAUCCAGAACACAGCAGCAAGUCUCCAAAAGAAUGACUAAGAAGGAAAAUAAUUAAGGUGUUGCAAUGGUCAAGUCAAAGUCCAGACCUCAACCUGAUUGAAAUGCUGUGACAGGAGUUUAAGACAGCUGCAAACCUUAGUGAACUGAAGAAAAGUGGGACAAAAGUCCCUCACAAAGAUGUGAGCGACUGAUAAAGUCAAACAGAGAAUGAUUACUUCACGUCAUCGCUGCUGAAGGUGGUUGUACAAGCAAAUGAAUCACGGGGUGUACUUGAGUUUUUCACAUGACUAUAUAUCAGUGACAGUCUCAAACCAAAUUGCAAGUCAUAGUGAGAAAUCCAAGUUGGCUCUCAGACCCCUGAAUAAAUGUCCUAAUCGAGAAUCAGGUCUAUUAAAGCCUGACUCAUAAGUAUUUUGAGUGCAAAUCAAGUUAAGCCUCAGCUCUGUCCUAGCAAAUCUCCAGGAAAGAAAACACCUGCCUGGAUUACCAAAACCCGUCAAAAUCUACCGCUGGGUUCAUCGACACGCAUGUUUUGAAAUUAAAAGCGGAACAGUGAAGUACAUGGUCAAUCAUAAUUUAUUCUUAUGCUAAAAUGUACAGCAUUUUAAGUGACUGACAAAAAGGAGAAAAGUCAUAAAUACAAGAAUGUCAUUCUGUCCGAUUUGUGUGCACAUAGCCAGGUAUUUCCCCCCGUUCUUACCAGCAACUCUGUACAGGUAGAAAGAUUACAAAAGAGCAAUAUAAACAAAAACACAAGUACAAGUUGCGUUUUACAUGCAAUCCAUUAGCUUAGUUUGGUCUAUUCACAGGAUCUAUUCUUCUACACUUCGGUAAAAUAUAAAUCCAACAUUUUAUAAAGAUAGAAAACAAAUCUACAGAUGGAAUGAAAACGUAGCUUUAAAGGCAUUAUGUAAAAUAUCAACUUUGGACUAAAUUUAUAUUUUCUUUAUUGUUAUUCAUCAUUAUAAUCAUUUAGUUCUUUUUUUUUAAAAUUCUGCCACACUUCUGGACAUUUC